UGGUUUUGUGUGAAUCUGCUUCUUUUAAUUAACAAAAAACAGGAGGAAAACCCAGAGAAUAAAAAGAAUCACACGAUGAGAAGAGAAAGAGAGAGGGGGGUUUACAUCCCCACUGUCGGCCAAUCAGAGUGCAGCAAUAACCAGAGAGAGCGAGAGAGAGAGAGAGAGGAGGAGGAGGAAAAGAUGCUGAAUAUUUUUAUAGAAGUUCAGACCAGAGGAGACCUGAAGGAGAAACAGGAAAAUAGAGGAUGAAGAGGAUGAACAGAGAUGAAGGUUGAGCUUUGACCUGACCAAUAAAACCGACUGAGGGAGAAACAGAAGGAGAAGGAGGAAGAGGAAGAGGAGAAGGAGAAGGAGGAAGAGGAGUCCAGAUGUUGAGUGUGUGGAGCCUCCAUCAUGGAUGAUGUGACACCUGGUGGCGCCGCAGGUGAGCUGCACCUGAGGCACCACAACUACCUGGUUCUGAUCCUCGGCUUGCCCCUGAUCCUGGUCAUCAUCCUGGGGAACGUCCUGGUGUGUGUGAGUGUUCUCACCCAUCACUCGCUGAAGACCGCCACCAACUACUUCAUUGUCAGCCUGGCGGUCGCCGACCUGCUGCUGGCCGUGAUGGUGCUGCCGCUGUAUGUCUACUCUGAGUUUCUGGGCGUCUGGACACUGACCACCAACAUCUGUGACGCUCUGAUGACCAUGGACGUGAUGCUGUGCACCGCCUCCAUCCUCAACCUGUGUGCCAUCAGUGUGGACAGGUACAUUGCUGUGGUGGUCCCUCUCCAGUACAACAGGAACCAGUUCAGUGUCCGUCAGCUGGCCCUCAUCACAGCGACCUGGGUUCUGUCUCUGGGCGUGGCCAGUCCAGUCAUCUUCGGUCUGAACCAGGUGCCGGUUCGUGAUCCGAGCGUUUGCAAACUGGAGAACGACCGUUUUGUGGUGUACUCGUCCGUCUGCUCCUUCUUUGUGCCUUGUCCCGUCAUGCUCCUCUUGUAUUACUUGAUGUUUCGAGGUCUGCGGCGGUGGAGCGGUCGGAGUCGAUCUCAGGUGGGUCGGCCAGGUCCAGCUCUCUCCCUGCGUCUCAGCUCACCUCUAGAGCGAGAUGAAACCACGAAAACUAGGAAAGACGAAGUGGUGUACACGAUGCCAACUGACCUCAGCCCGUCCCACGGGGGGACGGUGGUGGCGAAGAGUGACCCGAGGACGGACAGUGUGUCGUACGGAGAGGUCACAGACUGGGGGGAGGGGCUCAGCAGAGAGAUGAAGGACAGCGCCGCUGCAAAGAGAAGAAGAAGAAACAGCAAGAGCAGCAGAGUCAGUGGGAGGGAGCGCAAAGCCAUGAAGGUCCUGCCAGUGGUCGUGGGUGUGUUUCUGGCCUGUUGGACACCGUUCUUCAUCGUCCAUGUCACCAAAGUUUUGUGUCAGUCAUGUGACAUCAGCCCCGCCCUCAUCUCUGUGGUAACGUGGCUCGGCUAUGUCAACAGCGCUGUCAACCCUGUCAUCUACACCGCCUUCAACACCGAGUUCAGGAACGUCUUUCACAAGCUGAUCUGGUGUGGGACAUGAAACUACAACUGUAGGGCUAUUUUCAUAUCAGCCCAGAGACAAAUAUCGUUCUUUGAUAUUUGACAUUUUUCAUGGCGAUGUUCUUUAAAGGUUUUAAAUGUCUGUUGGCUUUUAUUGAUUUAAAAAGAUUUAGAAAACCAAACUGAGAGAAUAUUGUAAUGAAGUUUAUAAUAAUUUUAUCUGUGACGUUAAUGUGAUGACACACCAGAUUAUUUGUCAAAUGACAAGGAGACACAUUGAAAUUUUUUUUUUUAUAAAACCACAUGAAAAUACCCAUGGACUCUCAGGGACAACAGCCAUGGAAAACGAAGGGGUUACCAUGGUAACACGGAGCACACAUCCUCCAACUGCUACAUGUAAUAAACAUGUUGAACAAUAAAAACCUGAUGUGAAGUUUCACUGAUAUUUGAAGGCUAAUUAUCACCAUGUUAACAUGAAGCUACACACCAAACACUCGUUACACACUAUUUGUUAUACACUCUGAUAUGAUACUAUUAUUUUCAAUGUUUUAUAUUAUAUAUCAUUUUAUUUAUUAUUUGAUAUUAGAAAUCUAUGUAGUCUAUGUAUUUUCUCAUAUUAAUAUUUUAGUUAUUUUAUAGUAGAUAUAAUUUUUUUGCAUAGUAACUGGAAUAUAUCGUGGCUGAAGUUUCCGGUUCUAAACCGUUUCACUCAGUUUAGCAUUUUCAUUUUCUCAGGUUCUAUGUUCGGGUCUAACAGAGCAGGUGUAGUAACAGAGCAGGUGAAGUAAAAGACCAGGUGUAGUAACAGACCAGGUGUAGUAACAGACCAGGUGAAGUAACAGAUCAGGUGUAGUCACAGACCAGGUGUAGUAACAGACCAGG